AAUUUUUGUCUUACUUGCUACAAUUUCGUACUAUUUGUGAUUAUAAAAUGAGUCUUCUGGGUAAAUCAUGGAAAUAUAUCAACGAAGGGAAUGCUCACAUUGUCAUCAAAAUAGAAUCUUCAAAAUACGUCCUUCGACUCAUCAAAGAAGAAAGAGAAACUACAAGUUUGAAAUGUGUAACAAAUACCACUGAAUUUGUAAACAAAGUAAUGAUUCCAUUACUAACUAUCCAUGAUAAUGUCAAUUAUGACAUCAUUGAGAUCUCUGAGAAUGAUCUAAUACAUUUAUUAAAACGUUUGGAGGAUGUUAGGCCAAUACAUAGAAAGAUUAAAUCAAACUUAAGCUGCUAUGCCAUUAGAGCUCCUAAUUUAUUAAUAAUUGGCCCACAAUGUGUCUCAAACUACUGCAUAGAGAUUAAACCUAAAGAAGGCUUCAUACCUUCCACUUUGAAGAAUUCAUCUAAAUGUUUCUAUUGUUUAAAGCAGUAUGUAAAAUUAAACAAGGGACAAAUAGAUAGUAUUAGUGAAUAUUGUCCUUUAGAUCUAUUCUCGGGAAACAAAGAGAGAAUGAAAUCUGCCCUUUUAAGUCUAAUGGACAACCCUCAGAACAAUUUUAAAUUCUUUAGAAAUGAAGUUCUAGUUUUUAAUGAAACAUCAUCAGUCAAAGAUUUAGAUGAGAUCAUGAAAGAUAUUUUGCCCUUUAGCAACUCAACCCAUUUGUUCAUUGACUUUGUGAUAGCAAUUUUACUCAGUAGUAAUGAGGAUGUACUCACUAUGGAAAUCCCAAAGGAAAUGUCAUCAACUAGAUAUAAAAAUGAAAAAUGCACUGAAGGUCAUGAACUACCUGCUGAUAGUUUCUUAUACAAAUUGCUCCGUAUUCAAAAGCUAUCAGAAAAGUAUAACGUUGACAGUGAAUCAUUCCAAGAAAACACUGAUUAUGUUUCUGAGAUAUUGAAUUAUUUGGACUCAGAGAAAAUAGAUCUGAGCUCAGAGAUGGCUAGAGAAACAUUUUUCACUGCUGGUCACCCUCUGCACUUAGCAAUGAUAUCUGCCAUUGCCAAAGAUUGUUCUAUCAUGAUCAGCUUCACAUUUGAUGUCACUAAAGGGUUGCCAAUUAUAAAUAUUGGAGGUAACAAAGCAUCCUACAGAAUUGCUGUGACCGAUUUAGAACCAAAAUCAACUAAAACUCUGAUGAAAAGAAAGAAAAAUGAAAAGAUGUUCUUUGAGCUCUACAAGAGUUUUCGGGAAAUUGAACAGUAAUGGAACAGAACAUUAAUCCAGCCACAUUCCGAAACGAGAGCAAAGCAAUUAGAAGCGUGGGAACAGUUGAUAAUAGACUACUUGAAGGCCACAAAACAGUCCACCAUAGACAUUAGAGAGUCACAGAAUAGCCCUUUAUUC